AUGGCUGGUGGGGGACCGGGAAAUGCUCCCAAAAUCUUGCUUGCUAAGCCUCCCGCUUUUGUCAAUCGACCUGGAGGAGGGUUACCUACUUCUGUUGCGGGCGCUGCUGCUGGUGGAGCCGCAGAAGACGAUUCCGCCGCCGCCGCCGCUUCACGCUCCCGUCCGCCCUCCAUCGGAUCCCUUAACCUCCUUUCCGAUUCUUGGGACUUCAACCCCGAUCGCUUCCUCCCCUUUCUUACUGACAACACUGAUUUCAUGGUGGUCGGAGUGAUUGGUCCGGUUGGCGUCGGCAAGUCCACCAUCAUGAACCAAAUUUACGGCUUUGAUCCUUCCUCACCUGGAAUGUUGCCGCCAUUUCCAGUUCAAUCAGAAGAAACCAGAGCUAUGACCAAGCACUGUACCAUCGGCAUUGAACCCCGGGUUUCAUCUGAACGCAUAAUACUUCUUGAUACCCAGCCUGUAUCUAGUCCAUCUGUGCUGGCCGAGAUGAUUAGACCCGACGGUUCCUCCACUAUCUCUGUUCUGAGUGAUGAAUCAUCCCUUUCAGCUGAAUUGGCGUAUGAACUGAUGAACAUUCAGGUGGAUUUGUUGAAGCUCGGUAUACCCGAACCAUCUUCGGUAUCCCUGUCGCACCCACAGAGCACCAGUCUGGUCGUCUCGGAAAAGGAAAUUAAAGAUAAAACCCUAGAGUUUGGGAAAGAAUAUCUUGCCACUCCAGUCUUUGUGCAAACAAAAUUGCGCGAGCAAGAUGUUACCCCACAAAAUUAUCUGCAACUGAAGAAAGCGCUCAAUCGGUAUUUUAGGUCUUCAUAUUUUAAGAGGUUUGAAUCCCAUAAUCAUGGUGAUAGAGACACAGAUUCAACAUCAUCACUAGAACUGUUUUUAUUGCCAUCAAAGAAUAGAGACAAUUCUCCAAAACCAAGUUACGAGAGCCAUGAAUGCGCGCUGCGGAAACUUCGCAAUCAGGUGUUGUCCAUGAGUGGGUCGUCAUCCUUUACAAGAAUAGUGUCUGAGCGUGACUGGAUCAAGAAUUCUGCCAAAGUAUGGGAUGUGGUCAAGAAUUCUUCCAUAAUUAUGGAAUAUUGCAGAAUGCUUCAAAGUUCCGGCAUGUUUAGGCGAUAG